UUCAAAUCUUCUUCGGUUUUUCCAAGGCUGGUCUGCAUUAACUUUUUUUUUUUUUGCGUUUGAUGUCCUGAAGUUUACCUAAGUCCUCUAUGCUGGUACGGUUGGUGGCCAGCAGUUGCCUGUGAUAAUGCCUGUGAAUACAUACGCCGAUGAACUGGAAGCACAAUAUGUCCUACUCGAAACCAUCGGCUCUGGUGGUUUCGCUAAAGUCAAGCUGGGCAUUCAUGUCGUAACCGGGGAGAAAGUUGCCAUCAAGAUAAUGAACAAGCGUGCUUUGGGCGAUGACCUGCCACGAGUGAAACUCGAGAUUGCUGCUCUAAAAGACUUGAGCCACCAACACAUCUGCAAGCUGUACCAGGUCAUCGAGACAGAGACCAGGAUAUACCUCGUGCUCGAGUACUGUCCCGGAGGAGAGCUUUUUGACUACAUUGUGGAGAAGGAGCGGAUCAGCGAAAAGGAAGCGAGGCGUUUUUUCAGGCAGAUCGUGUCGGCCGUGGCGUACGUCCACCACUGCGGCUAUGCGCACCGGGAUCUCAAGCCCGAGAACUUCCUCUUGGAUGAGGACCAGAACAUCAAGCUCAUCGAUUUUGGGCUGUGUGCAAAGCCCAAGGGUGGCAUGGCAGCACACUUGCAGACUUGCUGUGGAAGCCCUGCCUAUGCGGCGCCGGAGCUCAUCACUGGUCAGGAGUACUCUGGAGCUUCUGUCGACGUUUGGAGCAUGGGUGUCCUCUUGUACGCGCUCCUCUGUGGCUCCCUGCCAUUUGAUGAUGAAAAUGUCGCUUCUCUCUACAGGAAAAUUCAGACGGGUGACUACGAGUGCCCCCACUGGCUCUCGCCGGGCAGCGUGGGACUGCUACGGCAGAUGAUGGAAGUGAAGCCCCAGAGACGGAUCCAACUCAAGGAGCUCCUGAGCCACCCCUGGCUCGUCAGAGGCUACGGUACCGCCGUCAACUUCAGGAGCACCUACAAGCUCUCCAUUUUAGAUGAUGAAGCUAUAACAGAAUUGGCUAUCAGCAAUGGCCGCUCAAAACGUUCUGUGACCUCGGAACUUGCACAGUGGAAGUAUGAUUACAUGACUGCAACAUAUAUCCUGCUGGUUGUGAAAAAAAGGCAAGGCAAGAUGACUAGGCUGGCUUUUCCCGAUUCCUAUCCAAGAGAAAAGAAGGCACCCUGUUCCCGAGAGCUGGUCUCAGAGUUUACCGUGGACGUCGUCAAAUCCCCGAUGUCUCCCCUGCGCAACUCUUUGGAGAACGGCCUGAACGACUCCCACCUCCUGAUGCUCGGAAGUCCCAAGGAGGAUGCCGUGGACGGCUCUGACCGGAAGCCGACCUCCGGGGAGACUACGUUCCUUGUCCACGACCCGAUGGAGGCCUUCGCUGAAGCAGACAAGGAGAACUUUGCACGACCUCGCGUCCCCACUCCAAAGAAGAGGACCUGCGUGAAACCUCCCCAGGAGACUGCAGUACUGAAAUCAACUUCUGCUAACGCCGAGAACACAGCUCCGUGCACCCCAGACAAGCCCAGGAUUCCGUCGGCCGACGCGGAGUUCCGGCUGAGCCCGUUCCGGACGCCACAGCCCAGCCGGCGCCAAGCGGCCGGUGCCUUCUCGGUGCGCACGGGCUCUGCCAAGCGUGUGUUCGGCUCCAUCGAGAAGCGCCUGGACCGCGUGCGCUGCAUGCUCACGCCCAGGAAGAGGCUCGGCUCCGCCCUGGGGACCUCGCACGACGGGCCCAGGAAGGUCAAGGUGAUGCAGAACGUGUCCACGAUGCCGGCCGACCUGACGCCAGACCAGGUGCUCGACUGCCUCCGGGGAGCGCUGCUUCGGAAAGGCAUCCUCUGCAAGCAGGACAGGUACACUCUCCGGGGCAAGGUUCGGGACGAGUGGGGCAAGGUGCAGCUCACCUUCGACCUGGAGGUGGUGCAGGUCCCGCAGCCAGAGCUGCUGGGCAUCCGACGCACCAGGCUCACGGGAGACGCCUGGCACUACAAGCGCGUCUGCGAGGAGAUCCUCAAGAUCAGGGCCGAGUGAAGCGACGUCACUGCUGCAUCGACGGUUCAUUCUUCGUGCGACCCUUUCUGCUGGCGCUGCGUCCCGGCUGUGCCUUUGGACACCGGAGUGACCCUUCUGUAACUCUGCCGGCCCUUGUGCUACCAGCAUCUCUUUCUUUAGCAGAUCUAUACUUCGUCUGGUUCUUUGUACGCCUAAAGUGUUCGAUCUGACCAGCCCCGUUUAUAUGUGGCUUACGUGGCUCUCUGGUUGGUUGGCUGAAAAUGACUGGUUAAGAGGCACGCGAGGUAAUUUUUGCAUCGUUACUUCGGUAUUUUGUACUGGUGUGAAGUGAAGUGUAAGCCUCCACUUUUGGGGGCCCAGUCUGCGCUCCCUGUGCGUGUGCUAUGGGUAGAUACGCGCGCAUUUUUCAAUGACUCGCAAGACUGCCAAACAGCUUUUCCGAAUGCUUUCUCGCACUACGAUGUAAAUUUUAUUUUAGCCUUUAUGUCGAUUACGCAGUUCUGAAUGCAACGAUAUAAAAUUAUUUGCACGAAUAUCUACUAAUUUUCCAUCUUAAUCAUGUGUUUAUCCGAAUGUAUUUGCUUCGAUGAAAGUGUGCUUUAUGUGUAACAUUUCUUUGGCGAUUAAUUUUUCGUGCAUUGUUGAUGAAUGCUUCAGAGUGCAGCAGUGUGCAUGUUUUGUUACUAAUAUAUCUUAAGAACCGCCACGACUGAUCUUCCUUCUUCUCAUCGAGACGAUGAAUCCACACAAAAUCUGCGUUUUUUACAGAAGCGCAAUGAAGUGUUGGAUGUCCCUUUCAACCGAAGGAAGCAAAAAUAAUAAAAAAAAGGUACAAAGGUCAGUGGUGGCUACGUCUAUACAGAGUUACCUUAUGCAUGUAUAAUAUACGAGAGACUACAGAAAAGACUGCCACAAAACACGCCUUACGAAUGUUUUGCUGUAUUGCGAUGCACGUAUGUUAUCUCAUUUAUGUGGAUGCAGUAGUUGUAAUUCAAGUUAUACAUCGUUAUAUGCACGAAUACCUACUAUCCCGCUCAUGUGUUUAUAUGGAUGUUUGUCUGGAGAAGGUACACCCCGAUCGGUAAACAAUCGGCGGUUACAAUUUCUGCUCAAAGUUGAUAAAACUUGCAAGUACAA